AUGGCCACCACCGAGCACACCGAGCAGCUCCACGAGAAGCACAACGGCAUGAACGGCAACUACGACCCCGAGGCCCAGCGCAUGGAUGCCCUCAAGCAGUUCCGCUCCGCGGCCAGCGUCCAGAUGAGCCCUGAGCUGUUCGAGAAGCUCUACCUCUCGCCCAUGAACGAGGUCAAGGGAAACCUUCGACAGACCUUUGGCAACCCUACUCCCAUCGCUCUUGUCGGCUUCCUUCUCGCCUUCACCCCCCUGACCUGCUGUCUCAUGGGCUGGCGAGGCGCCGGCGGCAGCGGUGCCUCCGACAACGCCGUCUACGUCUUCAUGGGCGGUCUCCUCAUGCUCGUCGGUGGUAUCCUCGAGUGGGUUCUCGGAAACAGCUUCCCCGCCUGCGUCUUCUGCUCCUUCGGUGGCUUCUGGUUCUCCUACGGCGGUACCCUCAUCCCUGCCUUUGGCACCUACGCCGCGUAUGCCCCCGCCGAUGCUGAGUCUGCCGCCGAGGGUCUCACUACCACGGGCUUCAACGCUAGUCUCGGUUUCUGGCUGCUGUUCAUGGGUGUCUUGACCUUUGUCUUCCUCAUCUGCUCGCUCCGCACCAACCUCGUCUUCGUUGCCAUCUUCUUCAGCCUGUGGUUCUGCUUCAUGCUCCUGACUGCUGCUUUCUGGACUCUGGCUCAGGACUUUACUGGCAAGGCCAAGCUUGCUCAGAAGCUGACUAUUGCUGGUGGUGCUUGUGGUUUCGUCACCUGCAUGGCUGGCUGGUACAUCCUCAUCGCCGUCCUCUUCGCCAUUGUCGACUUCCCCAUCCAGAUCCCCGUCGGUGACCUGUCGACCGUCAUCAAGGGAAAGAGCGAGAAGGAGCGCCAGGCUUAA